AUGCUCCGGCCGCCGGGCUGCCCGGGACUCCGUGCGGCGAGGCCGGCGUCCCCGCACCCUGGGCCGAAGACCCUCGGCUUGGACCCACCACCAAGGUGCCUGAAGCCUGACAGGGGCAAAGCCCCGAAAUACCUCCGGGCCUACAAGCCUGUAGGGCAGUUCCACCAAGCCGCCAGUGAAGGCUUGGUUGACACAGUGAGGUGUCUGCUCAUGAGUGGAGAAGUCAGUGUGAACGCCACUGACAUAAAGAACAGAACUGCUCUGCAUUACGCUUGUGCCUACGGCCAACGGGAAGUGGUCCAUCUCUUACUCACCUAUCACUGCACCGUCAACAUAUUUGACAAGGAGCACUGCACUCCACUGAUUAAGGCCAGCCAGCGGGAGUUUGCAUUGUGUGCCGAUACUUUGUUAGGAAAUGGAGCAGAUCCAAAUGCUGCAGACAAGUAUGGGAACACCGCCCUCCAUUACGCAGCCCUGAAUGAUGACUUAGAACUGGCAGAUCUACUGCUUGCCUACGAUGCAAACAUCGAGGCGAGAACAAAGGAAGGCUUUACUCCGUACCUCCUUGCUCUACAAGAAAACAAAGAUCUUAUAGCAGAAUUUUUGGAGGACAUGGGCGCAGAUAUACAUGCAGAGGAACUGCUGGAUAGAAAACACCGUAAGAUACACCACAGGAAGAUGUGUAAGCAUACAGCACGACGUCCAGAUGCAGCUUGCAGUACUUCUCCCAGCUUCUCUCGCAGGGUGACCAACAGAAAUGCUCCUGGUGCUCCUGCAACUAAAAAAAGAGCCAAGAAAGAUGAUGAUUUUAAUGCCCAGGUUGAAAGAAUGGAGAAGGAAAGCACAUGGAAGGUACUGACAGGCUCAGAAAAGUUACGUCAUAGACCUGCAGCUACUGCUUCUGCUGCCGCUGCCGCUGACCCUGCUGCUGCUGAUGGCACUGAUCCUUUUGCUCCACUUCCUACUCCUGUCUCUACUACUCCUAAUGGUGAUCCAUUUGAUUGUCCUGCUCCUUCUGCUUGUGAUACUCCAGAUGGACCUGAAACUUCAGGUGGUCUCAAUACUCUGGAUGGUCCUGACAGUCCAGAUGAUCCUGAUAUUCCAGAUGGACCUGAAACUCCAGGUGGUCCUGAUACUCUGGAUGAUCCUGAUAUUCCAGAUGGACCUGAAACUCCAGAUGGUCCAGAUUCUCUGGAUGAUCUUGAUACUCCAGAUGGACCUGAAACUCCAAGUGGUCCUGAUACUCUGGAUGGUCCUGAUACUCCAGAUGGACCUGAAACUCCAGAUGGUCCUGAUUUUCCAGAUGAUCUUGAUACUCCAGAUGGACCUGAAACUCCAGGUGGUCCCGAUACUCCAGAUGGUCCUAAUAUUCCAAAUGGACCUGAAACUCCAGAUGGUCCCAAUACUCUGGAUGGUCCUGAUAAUCCAGAUGAUCCUGAUACUCCAGAUGGACCUGAAACUCCAGGUGGUCCCGAUACUCUGGAUGCUCCUGAUACUCCGGAUGGUUCUGAUUCUCCAAGUGAUCGUGAUACUCCAGAUGGACCUGAAACUCCAGGUGGUCCCAAUAUUCUGGAUGAUUCUGAUAUCCCAGAUGGAUCUGAAAUUCCAGAUGGUCCUGAUACUCUGGAUGGUCGUGAUAUUCCAGAUGAUCCUGAUAUUCCAGAUGGACCUGAAACUCCAGAUGGUCCUGAUAUUCUGGAUGAUCCUGAUAUUGCAGAUGGACCUGAAACUCCAGAUGGUCCUGAUACUCUGGAUGGUUCUCCAGAUGAUCCUGAUAUUCCAGAUGGACCUGAUAUUCCGGAUGGUCCCAAUACUCUAGAUGAUCCUGAUAUUACAGAUGGACCUGAAACUCCAGAUGGUCCUGAUACUCUGGAUGGUCCUGAUAUUCCGGAUGAUCCUGAUAUUCCAGAUGGACCUGAAACUCCAGGUGGUCCUGAUACUCUGGAUGCUCCUGAUACUCCGGAUGGUUCUGAUUCUCCAGAUGAUUGUGAUACUCCAGAUGGACCUGAAACUCCAGAUGGUCCCGAUAUUCUGCAUGGUCCUGAUACUACAGAUGAUCCUGAUAUUCCAGAUGGACCUGAUAUUCCAGAUGGUCCCAAUACUCUAGAUGAUCCUGAUAUUCCAGAUGGACCUGAAACUCCAGAUGGUCCUGAUAUUCCGGAUGAUCCUGAUAUUCCGGAUGAUCCUGAUAUUCCGGAUGAUCCUGAUAUUCCAGAUGGACCUGAUAUUCCAGAUGGACCUGAAACUCCAGGUGGUCCUGAUACUCUGGAUGCUCCUGAUACUCUGGAUGCUCCUGAUACUCUAGAUGGUUCUGAUUCUCCAGAUGAUCGUGAUACUCCAGAUGGACCUGAAACUCCAGGUGGUCCCAAUAUUCCGGAUGAUCCUGAUAUCCCAGAUGGUCCCGAUACUCUGGAUGGUCCUGAUACUCUAGAUGAUCCUGAUAUUCCAGAUGGACCUGAAACUCCAGAUGGUCCUGAUACUCUGGAUGGUCCUGAUAUUCCGGAUGAUCCUGAUAUUCCAGAUGGACCUGAAACUCCAGGUGGUCCCGAUACUCCGGAUGAUCCUGAUAUUCCAGAUGGACCUGAUAUUCCAGAUGAUCCUGAUAUUCCAGAUGAUCCUGAUAUUCCAGAUGGACCUGAAACUCCAGGUGGUCCCAAUACUCCAGAUGAUCCUAAUAUUCCAGAUGGACCUGAAACUCCAGAUGGUCCUGAUACUCUGGAUGGUCCUGAUAUUCCGGAUGAUCCUGAUAUUCCAGAUGGACCUGAAACUCCAGGUGGUCCCGAUACUCCGGAUGAUCCUGAUAUUCCAGAUGGACCUGAAACUCCGGAUGGUCCUGAUACACCAGAUGGACCUGAUGCUCUGGAUGGUCCCAAAACUCUGGAACAUCUUGAUACUCCUGCUGAUCCUUCUGCUCCUCUUUCUUCUCCUAUGUAUCCGCACCUUUUCUUCCUCCUCCUCUUGCUUCUCCUGUUCCUCUUGCCCCUGCUAUUACGCCUGCCCCUGAUGUUCCUGCUGUUCCUGGUGAUGCUGUUUCCUGACCCUCCUCAUGCUCUCCUUGCCUCUUCUGCACCUUAUACACCUGAGGGUCCGGAUACUUCCGACGGCUCAGAUGCUCCUGAUGGUCUGGAUAUACCUGAUGGUUCAGAUGCCCCUGAUGGUCUGGAUACUCCUGAUGGUUCCGAUAUUCCUGAUGGUCCUGAUACUUCUGAUUUUUCCAAUAUGCCUAAUGGUCCACAUACCUUUGAUGGUCCUGAUACGUCUGGUCAUCCAGACACUUCUGGUGUUCCAGACACUUCUGGUGGUCCCAAUGCUCAGGAUGGCCCUGAUUCUCCUGCUCCUCCUGCUGGCCUUCUUGAUCUUCCUCUUUCUGUGGAUGCUGAUGUUCCUGCCCCUCCUCCUGUUCCUCCUGCUCCUGCUGAUGCUUCCACAUCUCCUGAUGUGGCUGACUGUGAUGAUGGAAAACAAGCUCUACAAGCAGUCAAGGAGUUUCCUGCUAAGGAGAAACAUGAUAAAAAUGAAGGUACCUGUCCUUUGGAGAAAGGAAACAAAAGUGAAAUUAGAAAGAAUCCAUUGAGAGGAUUGGUGAGAACACCAACACCUGAGAUAUCUGCUGCAGAAAUGGACACACUGAUGGAAGUGAACGGUCAUCCCGCAUCAGAUUCCACUGUCAGAUUGGAAUGUAAUAAUGAAGCAUUUUCAUACAAAAGCCUAAAGAAUGAAGCCCCCUGCCCCCUGGCAGACGAAAAGAAAAGUGAAAAUAGCAAAUUCAUUAAAGGCGAACCUGUGUCUGCAUCAACCAGUGAAGGGUCUCCUGUUGAAAUUGAUACUGGGCUGCAACCCCAAGUUGACGGCAGUCACGUGCCAGGUGAUCUACAUCACACUGGGAAAAAAAAUGAAAGAGCCUGUCCUUUGGGGAAAGGAGAUAAAAGUGAAAUUACAAAAAGUCAAUUGAGAGAGUUGGUGAGAACACCAACACCUGAGACAUCUACUGCAGAAAUGGACACACUGAUGGAAGUGAACGGUCACCCCACAUCAGAUUCCACUGUCAGAAUGGAAAACUACUAUGAAGUAUUUCCUUACAGAAGCCUAAAGGAAGUUAAUAGUACUGAAAAUAAUGUAACUAUAAUAACAGAAAUUGAAGAAAUGGAAAAACAAAGUUUUCUUGCAAGUAAAUCUGAAACUAGGAACAACACAUAAGAAAGACAUUAUAAGGAGUGAACCCUCCUGCCCUCUGGCAGACGAAAAGAAAAGUGAAAAUAGCAAAUUCAGUAUAAGUGAAUGCAUGUCUGCAUCAACCCGGGAAGGGUCUCCUGUUGAAAUGGAUACUGGGCCGCAAGUUGGCAGCAGUCAUGUGUCAGGUAACCUACAGCACACCGAGAGAAGGCCUUCAAAGAAUACAUCUAACGAACUCCACAAGGUGUGCGAACGAGUUACUAGAAGGACCAGACGAUUUCACUUAUUCAACAUAAAAAACUUCAGACGCCUUUGCUGCUUCAAGUCCUUCGAGGUCCUCUGAAGACUUUCGUGUUUAAUUCAGAACUCAAGUCAUAAUCCUCCCGAGAGAGUUUAUGAGAACAAAAACAUCCAUGUAUUUUACAAAAAUGUUAUUGAGAUAAACCAUAGUUUUCUUUUAUGACUCCUUUAA